CUGUAAAUAUAUAAAAAAGAAAGGUCUGCACACAAAUUUGGACAGGACACAGUUGUAAGUCAAGUAGAGGCUAUAAGGCACUCGUGAAUAGACAACACCUACAUCAAAGAGCAGAACGGUUCACUGAUUCCUGCUGAGCCAAUUUAGGCUGGAGUUUGUUCACUUACAGUGGAUGAAUAACAUUUGUCUCACGUGUUCUCUGGUACCAAUUGUUGUGGGCUGAGCUGUUUCUCAGUUCCAGUCCAUUCUAGUGCUGUAACUGCAGCUGAGGGUUCUCCAUUUCUGCUCUGUGUUAAGUUCAGGAUAGUGAGGCUAUAGCAAGUAUAGGCAUCCUGUCACAGAAGUCCUACUGUAUGAUGUGUUACAAUAUUUUGCAUUCAUAUUAGCAUUAUGUUAAAGAGAUGUAUUAGUUCUUCCUGUAAACAGCUUUUGGUUUAAAGGGGUUUAGCAUCUGACAUACACUACAUAGACAAAAGUAUUGGGACACCUACACCUUACACCUACAGGAGCUUUUAUGACAUCCCAUUCCAAAUUCAGGCAUUAAUAUGAAGUUGGUCCCCCCUUUGCAGCUAUAACAGCAUACACUCUUCUGUGAAGGCUUUCUACAAGAUGUUGGAGUGUGUCCCAUUCAUCCAGAAGAGCAUUUAUGAGGUUAGACACUGAUGUUGGACGAGACAGCCUGGCUCGCAAUCUCCGUUCUAGUUCAUCCCAAAGUUGUUCUAUGGGGUUGAGAUCAGGGCUCUGUGUGGGCCAGUCAAGUUCUUCCACACCAAAGUCAUCCAGCCAUGCCUUUAUGGACCUUGCUUUGUGCACUGGGGCACAGUCAUGUUGGAACAGAAAAGGGCCUUCCCCAAACUGUUUCCCAAAGGUGGAAGCACAGAAUACUACAGAAUGACUCAGUAAGAUGAAGCAUUAAGAAUCCCUUUCACUGGAACUAAGGAGUCGAGGCCAACCCCCCAAAAACAACCCCAUAACACUAACCCUCCUCCAGCAAACUCUAUAGUUGGCACAAUGCAGUCAUGCACGUAACUCGUCCAUCAGACUGCCAGAUAGUGAAACGAGAUUGGUCACUCCACAGAACACGUUUCCACUGCUCCAGAGUCCAGUGGCAUCGUGCUUUACACCACUCCAUCUGACGCUUGGCAUUGUGCUUGGUGAUGUAAGGCUUGCAUGCAGCUGCUCGGCCACAAAAACCCAUGCCAUGAAGCUCCCCUCAGAGUUUUGGUGCUGAUAUUAAUGCAGAGUUGGUUUGGAACGCUGCAGUGACUGUGUCAGCAGAGCUUUGGCCACUUUUACGCACUAUGCGCCUCAGCACUCGGCGACCCCGCUCGGUUACUUUACGUGGUCUGACAAUUCGUGGCUGAGUUGCUGUGGUUCCUAAACAUUUCCACUUUGGAAUAAUACCACUUACAGUUGAUCGUGGAAUAUCUAGGAGAGAAGAAAUGCCAUGAACUGACUUGUUGCAACAGUGGCAUCCUAUUACAGUACUACGUUUGAAUCCAGUGAGCUCUUUAGAACGACCCAUCCUUUCACUAAUGUUGGUAAAGGCAGACUGCAUGGCUAGGUGCUUGAUUUUAUACCACUAUGGCAAUGGGACUGAAUGAAACACCUGAAUUCAAUGAUUAAGAGGACUGUCUGAAUACUUUUGUCUAUAUAGUUUAAGUGUUUGUACUCUUUGUGUAUGCACUACAUACUAGAAUAGUAUCUUGCUCUUUUCAAUAGUGAACCAACCAGAAAUAUUACAUUUCAUCAAAACAAUGGAUGCAUAAAUGAGAAGGUGGUGUUCAUACCUUAUUCUGAGUGUCAUAGACUGCUUUACAUAAUGAAAGCGUAUAAGGCGUGGUAGUUUAAAAUAUGAGGCAGGACUCAAUUCAUUCAUUUCCAUUCCUUUACUCCUGACCUACAAUGGAUGCUGCUAGAGAGCAGAGUGGGACAGAAUUACUGGAGGUGAUACCUUUCAGCAGAAAUGCUGAAGCGAUAAUCAACAAAAUGUUGGAGCUGAAUGACUCCUGUCAAGAUAAAGCUACACAGUUAGUAGAGGAGAUUCUUCACAGCAUCUUCUUUUUAGGAAAGAUACACACACCGCCAUAUUCACCUGAAAUGAUUUUGGACUAUGAUAGAGAGAUGUUGGGUUUGUUGAGGGUCUGCUAUCCGCGGCCUUUUAAAUUUUAUUCCUCUCAACUACCCAGGAGGACUCCAUUCUCAUGUGUGCUGGACAUGGUUGUCUUUCUGAACGGGCAAGAGAAGGAAAAUAAAAUAAUUGAUCAGCUCCGAAUGAUCAUCAGUGAACUCGGUCUUAAAAAACAUGGGCCUCUGGUCUCCUCCACCAUCUGUGUCUCUCAGAAGACAGGCUCAACCAGGUACUACGGGGUCUCCAUGUCCACUUCUGGGAGAAUUCCUGGGCGAAUCAUGGUUGCUGCGUCAUGUCUUAGUGGAUACUGGGACAGUUAUGUUGCUGGUGCAGUGAUGUCUUUCAAUCCAAGUAAGCGCAAGAAGCAAUUUUUCGAUGGCACCAUCAAACUGCCUCAGAGUGUAAGUUGGCAGGCGUCUAGCCUCCAUGAUGAAGGAGCAAAGAUGCCUCCUUGCAAUUCAUGUCUGAAUAUGUUUUGUUUGGAAAAUAUUGAUGCUGAGUUUGCCCCUGGCAACUGUGCUGAGGUUGAAAGUGUGAGCAAUAUGUUUAAAAUGGAGGAAGAGGUUAGGGAGCAAUCACGACCAAGACAUGAGAAGUUCACAGCAGAUAACAGGGAAAAGGCGAAGAAAAGUCUCGAGGCAGAUCUCAAGAAUAAUCUGAAAUCUUGUAAACUAACAUACAACAAACAAUUCUUCACCCCUUAGAGUUGAUGAAGAUUGAUAAUUAGAAUGAAUAUGGUCCUUUAUUAUUUAGUGACCAGACAGAUGUGUUUUGAUAUUACUCACAAGUACUUAACCUUCAAACUCCAGUUUUUAUGUGGACAUCAAAUCCAUCAUGCUUUAUCUCUGCUACUUGUUAUCUGUAUUCUGUAUUAUCCUGUUAUUAACAAUAAAACUACAAUUACGUAAACUAA